UGGCGUACAGUAGAUCAAAAGAAUUGCCCAGGUUUCUUUCAGAGCAACUCUGUAUUAAAUAUAAAAGAUACUGUACUAGGAGGAAAUUAACAUCCACGGCUGCCGGCUUGCCCUUAAAGCACUGCGCAAAUCACAUCAACUACAUCAUUGUAAGAUGUAACAAAUGCACAUGAAUCCACAAUUUAAUUACUGCACUCUAUUAUUUACAAAACAGAUUUUAGAAACAGUUUUGUUGCAGAUUAUUAGAAACAUUAAUAAAUGUUACAUUUGCAAUUUAAUCUCUGUUCCAUAUUAAAUAGACAUACUUUAGUAGUAGGAAAUUAAAGUCACCAUAUGCACCCUUAGUCUGAAAACAUAAAAGAAAUUACAUCAAACGCAGUACUUUAACUGUUAUGAGAAAUGCGUAUUAAUUCCAACACAUUUUGGAAACGUCCCCAUCCGCCUACCGAGUCCUUAAAACCACCACUACUCUAUAAGGAUUAUCAGAUAAGUACAUCUGUAAACAUAACAUUUUGUUCCCGUUGAAUCCAUGCAUCUCCAAAACCACAACGUUUGAGGAAAUAAAAUUAAAAAAACAGCAUCUUGAUUGAGUUAACAAACACUGCAUCAUUAAAAAGUUGGUAUUAUAUCUUAUAUUGCCGUCAUAUGCUGUUGUGAACCAAUAUUAACACCUCCCCUUAGAGAAAAGGCUCUCAUGGUGAACUAAAGCUAACGACUGUGGUUAAGUCUUCUUUCCAAACUCUAUUUCAUGGUAUAAGAGCUAUAUUGGUGAAUAAAAGCAAUAUAAACGGUUAAAAACAGGUGCAGCAAUCAUGUAUAUUCUCCCUCAACAACUUUUUAAACAAUGAUAUUGGGAUGAAUGAGGUGAGUUUUAUUCAUUGCUGCACUGUGUUCAAGUCAUUUGGGACAGAAAACUGAAAACAAGAUUGAUCAAAAGUAGUGGGAACUUUGGAAACAUCCAUCCAUCCAUUUUCUGAGCCGCUUCUCCUCACUAGGGUCGCGGGCGUGCUGGAGCCUAUCCCAGCUGUCAUCGGGCAGGAGGCGGGGUACACCCUGAACUGGUUGCCAGCCAAUCGCUGGGCACAUAGAAACAAACAACCAUUCGCACUCACAGUCAUGCCUACGGGCAAUUUAGAGUCUCCAAUUAAUGCAUGUUUUUUUUGGGAUGUGGGAGGAAACCGGAGUGCCCGGAGAAAACCCACGCAGGCACGGGGAGAACAUGCAAACUCCACACAGGUGGGGCCGGGGAUUGAACCCGGGUCCUUAGAACUGUGAGGCUGAUGCUCUAACCAGUCGGGCCACCGUGCCGCCACUUUGGAAACAAAAGGUUAAUAAAACUGAUGGACUGGAGAGUGCGGGUGGUGGUAUGCAUGGUGAGCAGAGAGCGAACAUAGGGUGGGGUCUUGAGUGUUUUAUGGAUAAACAUGGACCAGUGAUUUUGAAUUGCGUGAGUGAAGCGAGGGCCAAUUAACCAGGAAGUGUGGUUCACAGUGGUGGACGUUAAAAGGAGCACCAGUGACAAAGUGAUGGCAGCUGGCACUAAGACACUAUGUAGCACUUUAGUCCUACAAUGAUUUUUAGACUAACUUUAUUUUCAGCUCAAGUUUGUGUUCAGAAUUCGCACUUAAAUCACAGCUCUGUAUUAAAUAUAAAUUCAUACAAAAAAGAAAGAAAUGCCAGGAGAACAGACCAACACAAUGAGCACACUCACACAUAGGCUCACGCCCAGACACUCACACACAGACUCGUCAAAGCUUGAGCCAACCGGUCAGCGUCCCUCCAGCUUUUCAUUCUAUGCAGGUGGGUCAGGAACGUAUCCCCCGUGAUGAACGAGGCUUCACUGUAUUGUGAUAGCUUGCUAUUAAUACACAAAUAUGAAACUUAACACUAGUCUUUAUGAAAUAAUCAUAAAAAGCACAUUGGCUAAUCGUCACCAUCCUGGACCGCACUGCCUGAAGCGUCGAUGAUGCCUUACAAAAGACUUGCUCAGAUAAGAAGGCACUUUCCCAUUCACCACUUUCCUCUGCCCCUCCCUUCACCCACAACUCACCCAGCCAGCCCUUCUCCCUAUUCUCCCACCCUGCCUGCCUCCACCAUUCCCAGCAUCUGCACAGCGAGCACUUCUUGCUCACGUCGCUGCAAGCUAACUGGGCUGCAUCUACUCCCUCAACAGCAGCGGGUAGGAAGCGGACGUUGUUUUUCAAGCCACCGCAGCCGCCAUGGAGGAUACGCUCACCUGCUGCAGCCAGGGGGCCACCUUCUCUCAGGUGUUCGGGCGCCAGGGGCAGCUGAUGCAAGCCACCGUCCAGUCGCUCAACAGCCUCAACGACCAGAUCGCUCAGUUCAUGGUGAGCCGGCCGAGGAUCCUGAGCCAUGAUGAGCGUGACUUCCUGACUGGGGAGCAGGACCCCUUGACCAAGUCCAUGACCCUCAUGAGACACCUGCUCAUGGACGCGCAGGGGAAAAUCCUCAAAAUGAUGGAGGACAACAAGCAGCUGGGCCGCCACAUCGACGGGGCCAUCCGCUCGGCCGGCCAGGAAGUCAGCAACCUGCGCUCGGAGCUGACGGCCACCAACUGCAGGCUGGCCGGCCUGGGAGCCGGCAGCCCCGCCGCCUUGGAGAACCACCACCACCGGCAGCACAAGCACCACGCUGACAGCCUCCGCUACCGCGUGUUGUUGCACGAGGAGGUGGCCCAGCUUCAGGAGGAGGUGCACCUUCUGCGGCAAAUGAAGGACAUGCUGGGCAAAGACCUGCAGGAGGAGUCGCAGGGAGGAGGCACCCCGGGCCUGCUCUCCGCAGCUGAGCUCCACGUACAGCUGGGCGACAAGGAGCAGGAGCUGGACCGUGCCAAGGAGGCCUUGCAAGCCAUGAAAGCCGACCGUAAACGUCUAAAAGGGGAAAAGGGCGACUUGGUGAGUCAGAUGCAACAGCUGUACACGACGCUGGAGAGCCGAGAGGACCAGCUCCGGGAAUUCAUACGCAACUACGACCAGCACCGAAAGGAGAGCGAGGAUGCAGUGAGGUUGCUGGCCAAGGAGAAGGACGUGCUGGAGAGGGAGAAGUGGGACCUGCGGCGACAAACCAAAGAGGCCACGGAGCAGGCCAACGUCCUGCGCUCUCAGCUGGACAUGAAGGAGAACAGGAUCAAGGAGCUAGAGGCCGAGCUCACCAUGGCCAAGCAGUCUCUGGCCACACUGACUAAAGACGUCCCCAAGCGCCACUCGUUAGCCUCCACCAACAACGCCGGCGGCGCCGAGCCCGUGGUGAACGGCAGUCAGGAGUGGGUGAUGCAGGCCGAUCUGCCGCUGACCGCCGCUAUCCGGCAGAGCCAGCAGACCCUCUACCACGGACACAACGCCGACAGACAAGCUGUGGUCAGGGUCAGCCCCUGCCACUCGCGCCAGCCGUCCGUCAUCUCUGACGCUUCGGCCGCCGACGGGGACCGCUCGUCCACGCCCAGCGACAUCAACUCCCCCCGCCACCGGACGCACUCCCUCUGCAAUUCCAUGGAGGACCUGGAGGAGCAGAAGCGUAAGAAGAAGAAGGAGAAGAUGACGCUGGGCUCGCUGUCGCGCGUCUUCGCCCGAGGGAAACAGCGCAAGUCUCUGGACCCGGGCCUGUUUGAUGGUACAGCCACACCCGACUAUUACAUAGAGGAAGAUGCCGACUGGUGAUGCUGAGUGUGUGCGCGUGUAUGAGAUGGGCUUGUCAAGGGGGGGAGGCAUCUAAUUUAAAAAUAAAAGCCUAAAAGCGACUGCUAUUCCACCAAAUGUACAGUAUAUUAUACUCUUAAAAUUGUAUGUAUGUAAAUGACAUAUAUAUAUUUAUAGAUGUACAUGUAUGCAUAUGUAUAUAUGUUUACAUGCAUAUAAACAUACGCGGGGUUAUCAUCAUGUGUAUUUGUAGACAUGUUGUAUUAUCUUGUCUUGAUGUUUCUUUUCUUUUUUUUUUUACAACUUGAGACUUGAAGGACUGCUGUUCAUGUGUAAAUAGGAAGAUUUUGUGUUUUUACUGUUUGUUUGUUUAUUGUUUUUACUUAAUCACGCAUUACAACAGCAUUUUAACAGACAAAUUUCACGUUCAUGUGGGGCGACGGGGGAACAGCCCCAUAACGGCUAAUUAUGCAGUUAUGCCUUGUCAUAUCGGAACGGUGGUCGCGGGGAUGGAAUUUAAAACUGAAAUAAUAAAUUACUGACCAUAACAAAAAUGUCUCUCAUCCUGGAAAAUUACCUUAUUUUCUCAAAUAGUGGCCUCAGUUUAAUUACACACCUCACUUUCAAUAAGUAAACCUUAAAAAUGGAUAUUUCAUGAUAUUGGUACAUGAUUAUAUUAUACUAUAUACUAUAAUAAUGGAAUUAAUACAAAUAUUGUGUUAGUGUAUGUUCUGUAAUAAUAAUCAUACUUUUGUUUUAUUUUGAUGACUUUUAAUGAAGUAUUAUUUGUUUAGUGUGGGGGGGAGAGAUAAAAAAAUAUAUUAAAUAUGAUUAGCUAUAUAAAAAAUGUUGUACAGUGAUUAACAAAUGUAUCAGACACCUCAAUGUAAGCCACUCAACCACUCAAUGUAAGUUAAAUGAUGCAUCGCUAAUGACAAAUAUCAUUUGUGUCUGUUAUUAUGUCAAUACAUCCAAUUGAUAUUUUAAAUGCUAAAAUAUAUUUAUUCUUGUUUUCUAUCCAGUUUCUUAUUUGCUGUUUUAACCGUGCUCAAAAAACAGAAAAAUAAAAUUGUAAAGGACAUUAUUUCUUGUUUAAUAUGUCAAAUAUGAAUUGUUAACUUGCAUUCCUGAAGAGGAAAGGUUUUAGCGGUUGAACGCCCUAUAAUUUAAAAAGAGUCUGAAUUAAAGCUCUCUAUAAUACUGGAUGGUCCCUUUCUACUAGGUGGUCUAAAUAACGGGUAAAGUACUGUAUAAUGAUUUUUUUGUAGAAAUUUUUUUUAUGUAUGCUGUAAUAUUAUUAAAUAUGAAUAGAAUGCUUUAGUAUAAAUAAAAAAUCUUUUCCUCCUAAAAAUAGUUCUAGUUUUUGUAGAGGACACAUUUUGUCGUAUGGAAUUCAAGGAAUGACGAUAAAUGCAUUUGAGGUUUUUAAUUUUUUUUAUUUUUUAUGUUUUUAAUGUCACACCUCGAAUCAAUGCCACUGUUUGAGAAAGUUCGGUAAUUUAGUGUAGUCUAACUGUUAGCAUUUGCUACUUCAUUUCUUCCUGGGAGCUGUCUAACAUGCCAAUAGGAGUUGAAUGAAUGUGUGAAAAAACAUCUGCAUUGCAUUAUAGUUGUUUUUUCAUUCAUUCAUUCGUUUCCAUAAACAUUCAUUCAUAAAGGUUGCUUCCUCCCUUUCUCACCAAGUUGCUUGCAUUGUAAAUGCAAGGUCUCUUGUCCUGCCCGUGUUGCUUUGUUAUACUGUUUGUGUAAAACUCUUCCUAAUACUGUUUAAUGCUUUGUAAUGUAGGCAACAUGGAAUAAAAGAUGAAAUCUA